GGACACGCAGUCUUCCGUGGGUCGCCGGUGCUUCCUGGCAGCUAGGGGUCCGCUGGCGAAGACUCGGGCAGCGGCGUCGGAAUCCCGGCCCGGGCGCGGCGGGCAGGCGCAGGCGGCCCGCGCGGCCCCACACGUCCCCGCGCCCUCCCUGCCUGGCCGCGCGUCUGCGACCAGGUGAACCAAUGAAAGAAGAAAAUGAAAGGCAUUAAGAAAAGUCUUACAGAAGAAUAUCUGUACCUGGACUUUUCUCACCAAAUAGAAGGAUGCAUUUUUCCACUUCAUACAUCUGUAACUUUAUUUUUGUUAUCAUACUGUGACUGCAAAAUCUUUAAAGUUUACUUAGUACUCACAAGAGAAAGUACAGAUGUUUCACUACUUAAAAAUGUACUGUCACAGGAUGUUGAAGUACAGAUUAUUUCAAAGCAAGAGCUUCCACCGAUAGUCCAGAAUUGCUGCUUACCUGCAGUAGUAGAAAGACCAGACAAUUUCUGUAGAGCAGGACUUGCUGUUGUACUGAGACACAUAAUCCAGAAAUCAUAUGAAGCAGACCCCUCGAAGAAGGAAGUUUUGGAACUUCUGGGUUUUAAAAAGACUUGCUUGAAAGCCUGUGCUGAGGUUAGUCAGUGGACCAGGCUAUGUGAACUCACCAUCCCUUUAGCUAUUGAGAAUUUUCUCAAAGAAUCCUCUGACCGGCGCCCAAACAUCCCUGCAGAAAUACUGCAGCUGGAGAAAAAGCUUAGUGAGCCUGUUAGAGUGCACAACGAUGACAAGCUCCGUCGGCAGAAGCUGAAGCAACAGAAGGCUGCCAGAGUGGGGCCUUCCGGUGUCAAGGAAAAAACGAAGAGCAAGGCCCAGAGACAGGAAACAUCUGAUGGGUUGGACCCUUCGUCCAAGAGCCUGGAACUGAAAGUGGCAUUCUCAAAGCUCACAGUACAGGAAGAACCAGCUGCCACCCCCAGGGAACCGGCUCACAUAAGAAAAGCAAAGGCCUCUGACCUUCCCCCUCUGGAGCAUGUGUUUGCAGAAGGCCUUUACUUCACUCUGACAGACAUCGUGCUCUUGCCCUGUGUCCAUCAUUUUUUGUUAAUUAUCUGCAAGAAACUUUCUGAAAAGCUGAUCGAAUUUCCACUGCUGGCCGCGUGGUACCAGAGGAUUCAGGAAGUGCCAAGAGUGAAAACAGCCGCUUCUCAAUGUGGGAUCCAGUUUUGCCAUUUACCAGAGUUGCUGACCACGUCAAAUGAACAGCAUCCAAACUUAAAUGAAGCCUCAGGUGCAGAGGAACAAAAUGAUCCUUCAUUUAUAGGAGGCCCAAGGCCCACGAUGACCAAGUUAAUGGAAAAAGGCAUUGAAGUGAUGUUUUCUCCUCACCCUUGUCCUACUUGGACCAUUGAUUGGAGUAAUCUUCCUGCAGCAGUGAGCCCAAAGGAAGGUAAAAUGUCCAGUGAUCGAGCAUUGAGGAAGCAGCAACAGUUAAACAACCUUGUGUAUGUGGUGACAAAUCAGGCCAAACCUGGCGAUAGAAUUGUGGAUUUCUGCAGCGGUGGGGUAUGAUAUCUCUUCAUGGGUCACCUUGGGAUUAUGCUCCCUCAUAUUCUGCCUGAGCAGAGGGUUACAUUAAUAGAAAACAAGGAAUUAUCAUUAAUCCGUGCUAAGAAGAGAAGUGAUGAACUAGGUCUAAGCAACAUUUGGUUUAUUCAAGCAAAUAUGGAGUAUUUUACAGGAAUGUUUAAUAUUGGGGUGGCAUUGCAUGCCUGUGGAGUGGCAACAGACAUGGUGAUUGAGCACUGCAUCCAAACACGGGCUGCCUUCGUCACGUGCCCUUGCUGUUACGGUUUCAUUCAGAACACCUCCAAGUUCAAUUUUCCAAAAAGUGAACAAUUUAAGAAAACUUUAUCAUACAAGGAACACAUGAUCCUGUGCCGAUUUGCAGAUCAGACAGCUGUCCAGCUUCCACCCCAACGAAGGCUCGUAGGAAAGCAGUGCAUGUGCCUGGUGGAUCUGGACCGAGCAAGAGCUGCAGAAGAGCAUGGCUACUCCGUUCAAGUGAUAUCCAUGGAGCCAGAGAGCUGCUCUCCCAAAAAUAACAUGAUCGUCGGCGUCCCCAUUUAGAAUGAGAUAUUCCCAUUUGAUGUUUUGCCAUUUGUCUUCAUGAUGAAAGCCCAGUGGCAUUCAGGAGGUUCUUGGCACAAGUAGGAAACAGCAUUAGCCAUCUUGAACCUAUUGUGCUCAGGAAGGAAAGCAGCAAGGAAAUCUUUGAAGAAAGGCGGCCUGCAGAGCAUCGCAAAUGCUUUUAUAAUGUGUGAUUAAAAGCCACUGGUUUUCAUAGUGAGAAUGCGCUGAAGUCCCGGCUGCCAGCAGAAUAAUACUCUCUAGUUGAGGUUCCAUCGCUGGAAUAACAAUUUCCUUCUCAGUUCACAGCUUUUCUGAUCUGGCUAAUGUGGUGUUCAAUUCAAAACAAUGCACGUGUAGCCUUUAUAAUCACGUAGAUACCCCAGUGGAGGCCAAAAUUCGACUCAGUGGGGUUUGUGUGUUUGCUUUAUAUGUCUAACAAUAGUACUUUUUCUAUCAUUUUUUAAAAAAUCUAGUCAGGUAAUUACAGAAUGAUUAAACUUUUAAGCUGGGGUGAGUUGGAUUUGUACCUUAUUUCAUAUACUCAAUUUAAAUAUACUCCCAUAAAUGGCCUAAUGAAAUCAUCUCUGGUUCAAACAUUUUAUAUGAAGACAUUAUAAUAUAAUUGUAGUAUAUUUUCCAUUAUGGGCAUAUAUAAUUUGGACAUAAAUUCUAACUAAUCAGUAACUACAUUAAUUAAUUAUUGAAGAUCCAUUAUUUUCAAGACUAUGAAAAAGAUUACUGAAUUAGUUAAGUUCUUUAUAUCAUAAUGGUCACAGGAUUUGUUUUUCAGAUAUCAGUCAUAUUUGAGGAGUUUAACUUAUUGAGUAUAAAUCAGAGGUGGGAGAAGUAUACAUAUAUAAGCUUAUUUGAAUAGUUCUCUCUACCCAAAUUCUUAUUCCACCAGCCAAAGUUUUUAAGGACGGAUGGCAUGUCCUUUCACAGUCUGCUUUUUUUUUUUUUUUUUUUUUUUUGUUACAUAUCCUAAGCUAUUCCAUUUCAGAUACAAUUUAAUUCAUUAUUGUUGAUGGUUUCAACUCUGUAUGACAUACCGUGAGGAGAAAGGUGUUUAGUAAAUAACUCUUUUAUCACUGUGGGUUAAAAUACAGGAAAAAUUUAUGGGAGUUGGGGGGUGUACUCUUUGCACCUAUAAACACGCUAUGCUUUUAUCCUCGCCUUUUUAAAAAUUAAGGUAUAAUUUAUAGACAGUAAAAUAACAGAUUCUAAGUGUUUUGUUCGAGAGGUUUUGACAGCUGUGUACACGGUGCAACUGCCACCAAUAAGCUAUAGAACAUUUCCAUCAGCCUAGAAAGUUCUCGCGCAUCCCUUUCAAUUCAAUAUCCUUCACCCCAACUGCAACCACUCUCUCAUCCUAUCACCCUUCAUAUGUCCGGCCUAUUUUUGUCCUUCAACUAAAUCAAGUCAUUUAGUAUGUAGUCUUUUGUAUCUGACUUCUUUUGCUCAACAGUAUUUUUGAAAAAUAUUCACAUUAUUGAUAUAUUUUGAUACAUUUAUAUAAUGGAAUGCUAUGUAGCUGUAAGAAGAAUCUUACAGCUACAUAGCAUUCCAUUAUAUAAAUGUAUCAAAAUGUGUUUACCCAUUCUCCUGUUUGUAUUUAUUUGGAUUGUUUCCAUUUUGAGGAUAUUAUGAAUGAAGCCUGUGAAUGUUCUUGUACAAAUCCUUUUAUGGAUAUAUAUUUUUGUGUCUCUUGAAUACAUACCUAGUAGUGGAACUGCUGGGUCAUUAAAUAAAUGAAUGUCAGUUGCCAAACAAUUUCCCAAAGUAGUUUUACCAUUUUAUAUUCCCACCAGCAACAUAAGAAAGUUCUAGUUCUCUAAGCCCUCUCUCCAACAUUUGAUAUUGUCAGUCUUUUUUAUUUUAACCAUUCUGGUGGAUAUGAAAUGGUAUUCCAUCAUGGUUUCAAUUUUCAUUUCUCUGAUGACUAGUGAUGUUAAGCAUCAUUUGUAAAGUGUCUAUUCAAGUCUUUUGCUCAUUUGUAAAAUUAGGUCAAUUGGGUUUUUUAUUGUUGAUUUAUAAGAGUUCUUUAUAUGGUCUGGAUAUGAGUCUUGUCAGAUAUAUGUAUUGAGAAUAUUUUUCCCAGUCUGUGGCUUACCUACUCAUUUUCAUGAUGAAUGUUUCAAUUUUCAUAAAGCCUAACAUAUCAUUUUUAUAAUCAAAUAUUUUGUGUGUUCUCUCUAAUAAAUCUUUACCUACUCUAAGGUUA